GUAUCUGACUAUCCAGUUGUACUGUCUUUGGAGAACCACUGCAGCCCUCAGCAACAGGAAGUAAUGGCAGACUAUUUAGAAAGUAUUCUAGGUGACAAACUUCUUACUUCAACAAUUGGCGAAGCAAGCGUGAACCAGCUACCAUCUCCUGAGGCAUUAAAAUUCAAAAUUCUAAUAAAAAACAAAAAAGUUGGAACACUUGAGCAAAGUAUGCUCAGGAGAGAUUUAGAUAGUCAUGGUGAGACAGGGGAAGUUUCUGAAUCUGAAAAUGUAUCCGAUGACGAAGAUGACAGUGAUGAUACAGCUCCUCUUUGCCCACAUCAUGAUUCCUCAAAAAGAAAAGGUGAAGGUACAUCUUCAGCCCCACCUAGGAAAAAAGCAAAGAUGAAAAAGGUGAAAAUUGCCCUUGCAUUGUCGGACCUUGUGAUUUAUACCAAAUCUGAGAAGUUUGUGAGCUUUGAGCACUCCCAAAAUCAUCAGAAGUGCUAUGAAAAUAAUUCAAUUGGAGAGGUUCGAGCACGAAAAUUUGUAAAACAUUCAGCCAGAGAUUUUGUUUUACAUACGUCAAAAUUCAUUACAAGAAUCUAUCCCAAAGGAACAAGAGCAACCUCUUCAAAUUAUAAUCCUCAAGAGUUCUGGAAUGUGGGGUGUCAAAUGG